AUGGAAUCCAUAGCCAGUCCACAUAAUGUGACCGAGUUAAUUUUCACUGGCCUUUUCCUGGAUCCAGUGGUGCAGAGAGUGUGCUUUGUGGUGUUUCUUCCUGUAUGCCUGGCCACUGUGGUGGGCAAUGGCCUCAUCAUUCUGACAGUCAGCAUCAGUAAGAACCUGCAUUCCCCCAUGUACGUCUUCCUCAGCUACCUGUCCUUGGUGGAGAUCAGUUACUCUUCUACUGUUGUCCCUAAAUUCAUCACAGACUUACUUGUGAAAGUUAAAACCAUCUCCCUGGAGGGUUGUCUGGCUCAGAUAUUCUUCUUCCACUUCUUUGGGGUUGCUGAGAUCCUUUUGCUUGUAGCGAUGGCCUAUGACCGCUAUGUGGCCAUCUGCAAGCCUCUUCAUUAUAUGACCAUUAUGAGUCGUCGACUGUGUCACCUUCUGGUGGCUGGUUCCUGGCUGGGGGGCUUUUUUCAUUCUAUGAUUCAGAUUCUCAUUGCCAUCCAAUUGCCUUUCUGUGGUCCCAGUGUGAUUGACCACUACUUCUGUGACCUCCAGCCAUUAUUCAAGCUUGCCUGCACUGACACGUUUGUGGAGGGGGUGGCCGUAUUGGCCAACAGUGGCUUAAUCGCCCUGUGCUCCUUCCUCAUUUUGGUGUCCUCCUAUGUCGUCAUCCUGGUCAACUUGAAGAACCACUCUGCAGAGGGGAGGCGCAAAGCCCUCUCCACCUGUGCCUCUCACCUCACGGUGGUCAUCUUGUUUUUUGGACCGGCCAUCUUCCUCUACAUGCGACCCUCCUCCACCUUCACUGUAGAUAAACUUGUGGCUGUUUUUUACACGGUCGUCACCCCCAUGCUGAACCCCAUCAUCUACACACUCAGGAACGCAGAGGUGACACUCGCCAUGAGGAGGUUGUGGAGCAAAAAGAAGGACUCAGAGAUGGAGUGA